CUAACACUGCGACGCACUUCCGCCACGGAACGACGACGCUGGCAUGGGCGCCAAAAACGCUUAUUCUUUAAAAAAAAAAAAAAAAAAUGUUUUCUUUCCAAUCGUUUUAGGUCGCGUACAUUUUUGACCCGUGUAACAAUCCCCCACUGCCACCUCCUACCGUGGCUCUUUUUAAUUCGUCAAUUCCGCGUGUAAGUGACUGUAAAAUGUGUCGAGUUUGGCUUGAGGCCUACAUUUUUUUGUCCGCGUUAAGAAGCCGUAAAUUGCGCCUAUUUAAACACUAAUUGCCGAGAACAUGGCAAGAUACAUUUGUUUUACCAGCCAGUUUUUACAUAUAAGUCGCUAGCAGUCAUUAUAUGACCAAAUAUGUAUCGUUUUAAUUGAGAACCGACCAGAGCGUCGGAGCCGGGUCGUCCUCUUGACGCGUUUGUAGUCUUCGGCGCCGUCAGCUGCUCUACGAGGACAGGAGUCAUGUUUACAUUUCUUCUCCGGACCUCGCUGCUCUCUCCUCCGAGUCACCUGCUCAGUGGAGGCAGUCGCCGCCGGCCAGCAUCGCAGGGGCGGGAGUCCGCCUGACGCGAUAAGCAGGGCUGGCCUGUGUCAGCACGGCGCGCACUUAUUAGUCGCAGCUUAUCGAGCAUCCUCAGGCGGGCAGACAUGAGCGGGAGGCUGGGAGACCUCAGCCCCAAACAGGCGGAAGCUCUGCACCAGUUCCGGGAGAGGAUUCAGGACGUUCUUUGUCAACUUCCUGCCCAGCACGACCACUUCCUGCUGCGAUGGCUGCGAGCCAGAAACUUCAACGUGCAGAAGUCCGAGGCCAUGCUGCGAAAGCACGUGGAGUUCAGGAAACAAAUGAAAGUGGACACCAUCAUCAGCGACUGGCGCCCCCCUGAGGUGAUCGAGAAGUAUCUCUCCGGAGGAAUGUGCGGCUACGACCGCGAGGGCAGUCCCAUCUGGUACGACGUCAUCGGGCCCGUGGACCCCAAAGGCCUCUUCCUGUCCGCCUCCAAGCAGGACUUCAUCAGGUCCAAGAUCCGAGACUGCGAGAUGCUGCGCGGGGAGUGCACUGUCCAGUCGGAGAAGCUGGGGAAGAACGUGGAGUCCAUCACCAUGAUCUACGACGUGGAGGGCCUGGGCUUGAAGCACUUGUGGAAGCCUGCUAUUGAAACAUAUGGAGAGAUCCUGCAGAUGUUUGAGGACAACUACCCAGAAGGCCUCAAGAGGUUGUUUGUCAUCAAAGCUCCCAAACUCUUCCCAGUUGCCUUCAACCUGGUCAAACACUUCCUGAGUGAGAACACGCGACACAAGAUCUGCAUCCUGGGUGGUGACUGGCAGGAGGUGCUGCUGAGGCACAUCCACGCCGACCAGCUGCCCGCCAUUUACGGCGGCAAAAUGACGGAUCCCGACGGAGACCCGCGCUGUCGGACCAGGAUAAACCACGUGGGCCCAGUGCCCCCCUCCUACUACGUCCGUGAUCACGUCUCCGUGGACUACGAUCGCUGUUUGACUGUCAGCCGAGGGUCCACACAACAGCUGGACUACGAGAUCCUCUUCCCAGGAUGUGUCCUCAGGUGGCAGUUCUCCAGCGAGGGAGCAGACAUUGGUUUCGGGGUGUUCAUGAAGGGGAAGAAGGGCGAGUGGAAGAAGGCGGCCCAGAUGGACGAGGUGUUGCCCAGCCAGCGCUACAACGCCCACCUGGUGCCUGAAGACGGCUCGCUGACCUGCGAGCGACCCGGCGUGUACGUGCUGCGCUUCGACAACACCUACAGCAUCUUCCAGGCCAAGAGGAUCAGUUUCAGCGUGGAGGUCCUGCUGCCGGACCGCCUGAAGGCCCAACGGGACCACGGGGGGGCCCAGAGUCCGAAGGACGGCCAGGGAGACCACGGAUCGUAGCGGGAGGAGGAGGAAGUGCAGCGCGGAGUGAACUGGCAGCAUUAAAAGUGCAAACAUCUCAAUGUGUUCUUGACAGGAGGAGAAGCUCGCACAGGUGAAGAAGUGCAGGUAAUUAUUGUUAUGAGUGUCAUGUCACACCUAGCCAAGUGUGAAUCAAGAAGGAACCAAUUAAAAUGUCAUGUCAAACCAUUGCUUUUUAAACACUUUUACACCAUUUACAUCAUUCUGUCCCGAUACAACUGUUUCACUUACCGAUACCGAUAUCGAGCCCACUCAACAUCAUCAUCAAGAAAAAGGUUUUAUCAAGUGAAACGAGUCAAACAGUCGGACAAACCAACCUAUUUAUUAUUCACCGUCUGGCAUGGACUUAUGCAGUCUUUAAGUCUAAGUGGGGCGGUAAUUGUUUUUUUCCCCAUGAAGUCAAGUCGCAUUGAGUUGAAUGACGCAGACACGUUUGUUACCGGAUACUUUCUGAUAUGCCUUGGAGACUUUGUAUGUGUAAGUAAUAUUGUUUGAUAUUCGUUUGUAUUGACAAAUUGUUGAUUUCUGUUAGCAUGCUGACGUUAGCGUGCUAGCUUAUUUUUAGCUAGAUUUGUAGUUUUGCACCAAGUCAUGUUUUGGUACUUGAUGCAGGCUAGCAUUUUGAACAUUUUUCAGGGACACACCUCAGAGUAAUAUAUUUUGGUACAUGAUGCAUGUUACAGUUAGCAUUUGUGCAUGCUGACAUUAGCAUGCUAGCUUUUUUAAAUAAAUUUUGCAGCGUCACAUAUGUUGUUUCUUUACAAAUGAUACCUGCUAGUCUGCUAACUUUGUUUUUAGCUAUUUUUGUAGGUAUACACCUGAGUCAUACUUUGGUACUUGAUGCAUGCUAAUGUUAGCAUCCGAGCAUUUUAAACACAUUUCUCAGUGUCACAUAUUGCUUCUUUACGAAUGAUACCUGUUAGCAUGCUCACGUCAGUAUGCUAACUUGGUUUUUAGCUAUUUUUGUAAGUAUGCACCUCAAUCAUAUUUUGGUACUUGAUGCAUACUAUUGUUAGCAGGCUAGCGUUUUAAACACAUUUUUCCGGUACACACCUCAGAGUAAUAUAUUUUUGGUACUUGACACAUGUUACGGUUAGCAUUUUAGCAUGCUAGAUUUUUUUUUAGGAAAUUUAGCAGUUGUCAUAUAUUUUGACUGUAAGCAU